GUUACGACUGUUAAAAGUCAUUGUCGAGUGGAAGUAGCUCCAGAAACAUGGCUACUGAUGUGGGCUGGUUCAAGUACAUUUUCGAAGACUUAGCAUGUCCUCUAACAGUCAGCUUGCCUUUUGCUGGGAACCCCAUUCCAUUCCUUAUUUUAAUAGGAGCAUAUUUAUUAUUUUGCUUGAAAAUAGGACCAUGGUUCAUGAAAAAUAAGAGACCGUACAACCUGAAAAAAACAAUACAGGUCUACAAUUUCCUCCAAGUAAUUUUGAGCGCGUUCCUAGUUGUAGCGGGCUCUCGGCGGCUGUUUUUAAUGGAUUACGAUUUUACGUGUGAGGAUUUCAAACUUGACAGCGAAUCAACAGAUUUUGACAUCCUAUUAAGCUACACGUACUUCUACGCGAAGCUCACGGAACUUCUAGACACAGUAUUCUUCGUCCUGCGCAAGUCGUUCCGGCAGAUCUCAUUCCUGCACCUCUUCCACCAUACCUUCAUGCCAUGUAUAUGUUGGUUUGGAAUCACCUACUAUCCGGCUGGUAACGCGUCAGUGUUCGGCACCGCCAACUCUCUGGUGCACGUCGUGAUGUACACGUACUAUCUGCUCGCCAGCUUCGGAGACAAGUACAAGAAGUACCUGUGGUGGAAGAAAUAUGUUACCGUCAUGCAAUUGGCUCAAUUCGUCCUGGUGGGUCUGCACUCCUUCCACAGCAUGUUCUACACACACUGCAACUACCCCAUCCUCAUCAAACUGCUGAUAGUCGUCCAAGCUAUCGUCUUCUUCAAUAUGUUCUGGAGUUUCUAUUCUUCGACGUACUUGAAGAAAGGAAAAUCAGCGCAAAAUGGAAGUAGGAAAGCGCAUUGAAUUUAGUUUUAAGUAUUUAUGAUAUUAAAAGUUAGGAGCCAGA